UUCUGCCUCAUUCCGUCAUUACCGUCGAGCCAGCACGUUCGUGGCGAACGGAGCGCGCUCGCCAACCGCUCCCGCGAAAAUCGCGAUUAAAUUCUAUAUCUAAAAUCGACAUUCGACCGUUCGAUCAACAAAAAGUGAUUUUGUUCAAACUAGUCGUGCUCUUUGUUCUGUUCGAAUUAAUGUUUUUUGAAUAAAAUUAUUCAGGUGCCUAUUGUCAACAGCAUGGGAACUAUUAAAAAAUUACGGCGAAGUCUGCUGCUCUUAGCGGCUGUGUUAGCGGUACAGACGAGUGCACAGAAAAUCAAAGGAGAUGACAGUAUACAGGCUGUACCGAGUGACCUUAGGAGAGCAGUUAGCGAAGCACUAGCUUUAGAAAAGAGAUUUCUAUUAGGCGCUAGCGAUGCGCACAAUUGCACAUCAGAUGAAGAUGAAUCGAGUAGGAUACCCUGCCCACCGAGCAAGUACCGCAGUGCAAGCGGGGAAUGCAACAAUGUCAGACAUAGGCCGUGGGGAAGACGAGGCGAUGUCUUCCUUAGGCUACUGCCUGCUAAUUAUGUUGAUGGUGUCUCACAACCACUUACAACGCCUUACCUACCGGAGCCUGCCCUCGCUGUACAUGCAUCUGCUCAGCUGACUUCAGCAUCCGACCAUGACUAUGUGACCAGCAUGCUGGCCGCCUGGGGACAGCUUAUCAUGGACGAUCUCAUCAGCACAGCCAACGGAAACAAAGACUGCUAUGGAGCGACAUGCGAAUACGUUCGAUCUGCACCCACCAGAAACAUCGACUCCUGCGGCUUUGAACGCCGAGAACAAAUGAACAUGGCCACAUCGUUCUUGGACGGAUCUUCUCUGUACGGCAACUCGGAGAAGGAGCUCCGUUCCCUGAGGCUAUAUGAUGCUGGCAAAAUUGACCUGGACUCGUGUCGCAAGUGCAAAGAUGGCUCACCCACAGCACCCUUGUACAAAACUUUGCUGUCAGAACACAACCGUAUCGCUGGAGAACUGUACGCACUGAAUCCCUUCUGGGAUGACACCACACUGUACUUGGAGACCAGAAGAGCAGUCGCAGCUAUCAUCCAGCAUAUCACUUACAACGAAUUCUUGCCUGUUCUCUUGGGAGAGGUUGGCAUGGCAAAAGCAGAGCUGAAGUUGACAUCUCUUGGCUUCUGGCGCGGAUACUCGAGCGCAAACCGCGCUGGUGUCUACUCUGAACUGGUCGCCGUUGCACCCAUCUUCCAGGCUAUGAUGAACCAGAAACUGAUCAACACCACGACCACCUUAGAACACCUAGUUCGCACCAGCGCUCAGCACGUGUCUCACUUCCCACCAUCGGCUCAAUGGGACCUCAACAGGGCACGAGACCAUGGAGUCUCUUCAUACCUUCGAGCUCUACGCAUGUGUGAACCUAUGGCCACCAUCAAGUCCUUCGGAGACUUCAGCAAGAUGGGUUUCGAUAGAACACAGCAGGAAAUGAUGGCUGAUAUGUACAAGAAUCCCGAAGAUGUAGAGCUAAUGAUUGGAGGUGCUAUGGAGAAACCAGCGUCUGGUGCUGUGGUUGGAUCCACCAUUGCUUGCGUUUUAGCUCUCCAGUUCGCCAACUUGAAGAAGAGUGACAGAUUCUGGUAUGAAAACGACUUACCGCCAUCAUCUCUGUCACCUGAUCAACUUGGAGCCAUUAGGAAAGUUUCUCUCGCCGGAACCCUCUGCGCUGCCCAAGAUUAUCUGUCUACCAUUCAACCAAAAGCUUUCGUGAGGGAGGAUCCUUACCUUAACGCAGCCCAACACUGCUCACAACACAACCGUCUGGAACUAUCUGCGUGGAGAGAUGAGAGCGGUGCCAAGGCCGCGGAGAGAUUGUCACAGGACAUGCUCGCUACUGCUUUAGAGAAGGCUAAGCAAGAGAUGGCUGAUAGGAAGAAACUCGAAUACAUGUUGUGGGAAGCACGUGGAGGAGCCGACCCCAAAUCUCCAGUUGGUACAGCAGCUUCCUUCUCCAAGGCUAACAAAUAUGCUCUCAAACUGGCCAACACUUCACUGUUCCUUGAGUUCGCUACUAACGAACUUAUUAACACUAUUGGCACCAACCAUCGUCGCAAACGUCAAGUCUUCGACGACUCCCUCGGUUUCGGUACCACAGACUUCGUAGACUCUUUACAAUCAGUAGACAUCAGCGGUUUCCUUGGCAACGACCAGUCGGGACCCAUCAUUGAACCUCAGUGCGAUGACAAAGGUUCAUGCGAAGCAGACAAUCCUUUCAGAACAUACACUGGAUAUUGUAACAACUUGAGGAACCCUAACUUGGGCAAAGGAUUGACAACGUUCGCUAGGUUGCUGCCACCUGUUUAUGAAGAUGGUGUAAGUCGUCCCCGCAUCAACUCAGUAACAGGCACGCCCCUCCCGUCCCCUCGAGUAGUAUCGACAGUGAUCCACCCCGACAUCUCCAACCUGCACACUCGAUACACACUCAUGACUAUGCAGUUCGCUCAGUUCCUCGAUCACGAACUUACUAUGACGCCCAUCCACAAAGGUUUCCACGAGUCUAUCCCCGACUGUCGUUCCUGUGACUCCCCUCGCACGGUGCACCCCGAGUGCAAUCCGUUCCCCGUCCCACGCGGUGACCAUUACUACCCUGAAGUGAACGUUACGUCUGGAGAGAGGCUCUGCUUCCCCUUCAUGAGGAGUUUGCCUGGUCAACAACAGCUUGGUCCUCGUGAACAAGUAAACCAGAACACAGCCUUCAUCGACGCCUCAGUAAUCUACGGUGAGAACCCUUGCAUCGUCCGCAAACUGCGCGGUUUCAACGGAAGACUGAACGCUACCACCAACCCUGCCAAUGGAAGAGAACUCCUGCCCAGAAGUGACAACCAUCCUGAAUGCAAGGCCCCCAGUGGAUUCUGCUUUAUUGCUGGUGACGGGCGAGCCUCCGAGCAGCCCGGUUUGACAGCGAUCCACACGAUCUUCCUCCGCGAGCACAACCGUGUGGUGGAGGGUCUCCGCGGCGUCAACCCGCACUGGGACGCCGACCAACUGUUCGAACACACGCGCCGCAUCGUCGCCGCCACCUUCACGCACGUCAUCUACAACGAGUUCCUGCCCAGAUUGCUCUCAUGGAACGCUGUUAAUUUGUACGGACUUAAAUUGUUGCCUUCAGGCUACUACAAAGAAUACUCCCCGACCUGCAACCCUGCUAUAGUCACUGAGUUCGCGACAGCUGCAUUCCGUUUCGGUCACUCACUGUUACGUCCUCACCUUCCUCGACUGUCGCCCAGCUUCCAACCUGUGGAGCCACCGAUCCUACUCCGAGAUGGCUUCUUCAGGCCUGAUAUGUUCAUGUCUCACCCACCAAUGGUAGACGAACUGAUGCGUGGUCUUGCCUCCACUCCCAUGGAAACCCUCGACCAGUUCAUCACUGGUGAAGUCACCAACCAUCUGUUUGAGGACCGUCGUAUUCCCUUCUCUGGCGUCGAUCUGAUUGCCCUCAACAUCCAAAGAUCAAGAGACCACGGUAUUCCGAGCUACAACAACUACAGAGCGCUUUGUAAUUUGAAGAGAGCGACUACCUUCGAAGAUUUGGCUAGAGAAAUCCCCGAUGAAGUUAUUGCUAGAUUCAAGCGCAUCUACGCGACUGUGGAUGACAUCGAUCUAUUCCCUGGUGGUAUGAGCGAGAGACCGCUACAAGGAGGUCUGGUUGGACCUACCUUCGCCUGCAUCAUUGCCAUCCAGUUCAGACAGCUUAGGAAGUGCGAUAGAUAUUGGUAUGAGAACGACAACCCGGCCGCUCGUUUCACGGAACAGCAGUUGGCAGAAAUUAGGAAGACCACGAUGUCCAAACUUAUGUGUGAUAACUUCGACCAUCCCGGAGACAUACAGAGGGCUGCCUUCGACCUGCCGAGCAACUUCUUGAACCCUCGUGUAUCCUGCGCAUCAUUACCGCAACUGGACCUGUCAGCAUGGCGCGAGAGCUCUGCACAGGGCUGUCUCAUCGCGGGCAGGUCUGUCGCCGUCGGAGAGUCUGCCUUCCCAUCUCCUUGCACGUCGUGCAUAUGUACUGUGGAAGGGGCUCAAUGCGCAUCUCUACGCAUAACAGACUGUGCUCAAUUACACCGCGAGUGGCCGCGUGAGGCUGUACAACGGGACGAUGUAUGUACCGCGCAGUGCGGGGCCAGCUCUACUGCGCAUGCGCCGCGCCCCGCCAGACGGCCCCAUCUCAACUUCAACUUCCCUGACCUUUCACCAUUCGUCGCCAAGUGAUCGCCCAUGUAAUACCUAGCUCUGUAUGAUGUAGCAGCCUGUUUUAUCAGUAAUAGUCCAAAAAGACUUAUCUUUAGCCUUCAACUGCCGACAAAAACUGUUAAAGGCUAAUCUUCCGCUAGCGUCGGACAUCACUGUCCGACGCGGCAUCCAAUGUGUUCAUGAGACUAUCUAUUAGACAAAUUGCCUAUAAAAGUAUGUACGAAAUUGACAGAAGCUAACGUCAAAUUUGACGUUUGUUAAUGUCAUCCCCAUGCAUUGGUUUUUGUAUUCGAUUCUAUUCGCGUUUAUACGAUUUGUUAAGGAAUGCUCUUAGAUGAGAGACAGAGAAAAAAUAAAUGAUUGAGUUCUUUCAUUGAUAUAACAGCUUACAUUUAACAGAGCAAGGGUUUUGGUGAAGCUAAUAAUUUAAGAAAAUGAGAUUGACCAACCUAAAAAUGUUUGAAGCGCAAUACGCGCUCGUUCAAUCCUAAAACUUAAGGAAGCAAAUAUUUGACAAUCUCUUUGGUAAUUUCAAGGUCAAUUUAGAACAGAGUUACCACAAGUUUACCAGUACAUUGAAAUAAUAGUCACCAUACUAUACGUACCCAAGUAUUCAUACAUAUAUUUGACUGAUGUCUUGUCUCAUUUAUAAUUACUUUGUUAUGAAUUUAGUUUAAGUAUUCUAUAAGACCAUUACUAGUUAACUGCUGUACUCGAAGAUAUUCAAUGGUUACUCAAACUAUGCCUUAGUAAAAUUUUUUCGACAAUAGAUUAGUAUACUAUGUCCGUCUGGUAGAUUAUUUUAAAACAUUAGACACGUGUCUAAUGUUUUAAAAUAAUCUACCAGACAGUUGAAGAGAAAAAGUACGUACUUUUUCUCUUCUUACAAAAUUGAAUACUUUCGACGAUAUAUUGAUUUGAAAUAUCGUGUGACGUCACGAUUUGCUACGUUUUUAUAUAGGGUAGAGUGACGUAACGACUUCCCACUCCUAAAGUUAACUCCGAUAUAUUGUAACUUCUAAACUGAACUCUGUUGUUUUCUUUUCUUAACGGACUAAAAAAAUAUGUGUCUAAUAUUUUUUCAUUAUCUAACUGACAGACUAAUUACAUUUUGUCUACUACCCUAUUGCGAAGGACUGGGUUAAGUAGCCAUUAAAUGACUGAGUACGACGGUAAAUCCGAAAUGGACGUCUGUAGCCGAACUAAAGCUAUAAGGUCCAACAAUGGAACAAAUGUACAAACGCUGUAGAUUAGAAAAUGGUAAAAGUAAGUUCUAUUUUCUAAAAUUCAGUAGUGUUGUGUGACAUCGAUAUUUUCUGCGAAAAAUAUUUUUUUUUUUUAAUUAUGAAUGUUGUCGAUGCUUAUUUAAUGGUAUUCAUUCGUUUUCUAAACUCGUGAUAUUGUUUAGAGUGUUAUUUUGAGGAAAGAAUGAGUGAAUUAGUCUGUUUUCUUUUAUGGUAUUGUAAACAACUUGUAUGCGGAAAAUCUUAGGAAUAUAACGCAUGACGUGCAUGCUAAUAUUUCUGCUCAUGGCCUGAAUUCUCUCUGGCCUAUUAGGUUGUAGUUAUUUCUAUUUUAGAUCAUAUAGUGGUCUGUAUUUCUUUCGUAUGCAAAUGUUUCACAAAUAAUUAAUGUUACGGCCAUCAUGAGCUUUAAAUAGAUGCAGUGAUGUUUAUCGACACGCUACUAACAGUACUAUAACUACACUGCAUUAGAAAUAACAUUAGAUUUAUUCUAUAAUAUUGAAAACGUAAUAAUAAAUUGAAUUUACUAUAAGCACUUGCUGCUUUGCUUCACUGCAAUAGAGUUCAAAAUACUUUGUAUCGUAGAUAGACAGAAAAUCCCUAUUAAAAAUUUUCAAUUACUUCUUUAGCCUUCAUACUGUAUAUAGAAUUCAAAAUCAGUUAUAAAACAUCUAAUGUUAUAUCAAAUGUAUUAUAGAAUAACCAACAUACCAUCCAAUGUACCGAUGUUACCAUACUAAUAUUAUUUUAACCAGACUCCCCGUUUUUGGGGAGAAAAGCUGAGGCCAAAAGUUUUAGUCUCCAAUAAUAUUAAUACUUAUAUGUGUCUAGCUCACUAUAUUCACUGCCUAGUUGUGCCUAGGAUUAUAUAGGUUCUUGUAAAUUAUUUUGUAAUAUAUUGGAAUAAUUAAUUAUUAAUAAGUGUAACACGUUCUUUAGUUGUAAUUAUUUUAAGUUCUACGUUCUCACCUAGACAACGAAAAU